AUGGCGUCUGCUUCCAUGUCGUCGAUGCUGCCGCCGUCGUUACGGGCGGCCCAGCAAUGCGCCCACAGGCCCUACCAGAUCAGACAAUACAGCCAGCUGCUAUCACGAACAGCAGAGACGGCGAGACACUCGCUGCGGCCUCUAAGCAGACAGGCUCGUCCGGACAGAUCCAAUGCCUUUUCUACAUCCACGGUGCGGCCGGCCAAGACCAUCGAACAACUCAAGGCGCGCUCUUCUACGGGACCGUUCUCAUGGAAGUCGGCGGUUCUCUUCGUGCUCACCGGAGCUGGCAUGAUUGUCUAUUUCCAGUAUGAAAAGGCACGGCUGGAGCGAGAACGGAUCGUGGAGAUGAGCAAAGGCGUUGGGAAGCCUCGAGUAGGCGGGCCGUUUGUGCUCAAGGAUCUCAAUGGAGAGACCUUCACGGAGGAGAAUCUCAAGGGUAAAUACAGCUUUGUAAGGAAGACUACUAUCUACACUCACGCUCGGAAACAAACACAAGUCUAUUUUGGUUUCACACACUGCCCUGACAUAUGCCCGGACGAGCUUGACAAGAUGGCCGAGAUCAUCGACGAGGUACGGGCUAGGUCGAACGGGCAGGAGGUGAUGCGCCCGGUCUUUAUCACCUGUGACCCGGCCCGAGACAGCCCAGAGGUGCUAAGAGGGUACCUGAACGAGUUCCACAAGGACAUCAUCGGCCUGACGGGCACGUACGAGCAAGUCAAGGAUGUCUGUCGCCAGUAUCGGGUCUACUUUAGCACUCCGCAGAACAUCAAGCCCGGCGAGGACUACCUGGUUGACCACAGCAUAUAUUUCUACCUAAUGGAUCCUGAAGGCGAUUUUGUCGAGUGUAUCGGACGGCAGGACACACCCCAGACGGCAUCAAAGGUCAUCCUGGACCAUAUUGGAGACUGGAAGAGGGCUGGCAAGCCCCUGGAUGUGACUCCCAGUAGGAAGUAG